UUCAAUCCGGAUUCUUCCAGUAAAAGCUUCAACUUCCCACACUGAAGCUGAGAGCCUCCCAAAGUGCUGGCUACCUGCUGAGCGCCCCUGUAACUCUGACACAGUAGUAAUUUGAGCCUCUGCAAUUGCCGUCUACUUCCUGUGAAAGUCCUUUCCGUGCCCACUGACCCUUGAGUGGGCCUUUGAGCUGCUGACUUUCAGCUGGAACUUGAAGGGACCCCAACCCUGAGACACUAUGGCCCUGACCUCAGACCUGGGGAAACAGAUAAAACUGAAAGAGGUGGAGGGGACCCUCCUGCAGCCUGCAACUGUGGACAACUGGAGCCAGAUCCAGAGCUUCGAGGCCAAACCAGAUGAUCUCCUCAUCUGCACCUACCCUAAAGCAGGGACAACAUGGAUUCAGGAAAUUGUGGAUAUGAUUGAACAGAAUGGGGACGUGGAGAAGUGCCAGCGAGCCAUCAUCCAACACCGCCAUCCUUUCAUUGAGUGGGCUCGGCCACCCCAAUCUUCUGGUGUGGAAAAAGCCAAAGCAAUGCCCUCUCCACGGAUACUAAAGACUCACCUUUCCACUCAGCUGCUGCCACCGUCUUUCUGGGAAAACAACUGCAAGUUCCUUUAUGUAGCUCGAAAUGCCAAAGACUGUAUGGUUUCCUACUACCAUUUCCAAAGGAUGAACCACAUGCUUCCUGACCCUGGUACCUGGGAAGAGUAUUUUGAAACCUUCAUCAAUGGAAAAGUGGUUUGGGGUUCCUGGUUUGACCACGUGAAAGGAUGGUGGGAGAUGAAAGACAGACACCAGAUUCUCUUCCUCUUCUAUGAGGACAUAAAGAGGGACCCAAAGCAUGAAAUUCGGAAGGUGAUGCAGUUCAUGGGAAAGAACGUGGAUGAAACAGUGCUAGAUAAAAUUGUCCAGGAGACGUCAUUUGAGAAAAUGAAAGAAAAUCCCAUGACAAAUCGUUCUACAGUUUCCAAAUCUAUCAUGGAUCAGUCAAUUUCUUCCUUCAUGAGAAAAGGAACUGUGGGGGAUUGGAAAAACCACUUCACUGUUGCCCAGAAUGAGAGGUUUGAUGAAAUCUAUAGAAGAAAGAUGGAAGGAACCUCCAUAAACUUCUGCAUGGAACUCUGAGCAAGAUGUAAAUAAAAUUAAAAGGUGGAUGGCAAGAGUGCAAAUACUAUCUUCAAUCCUUCAGUCCCAGCCAGAAGAAUCUCUGAAAGCAUAUUGUGAAUGUAUACAAUGUAGUACAAACAAUCUCUGUGAUGAUUAACAGUAUGUCACCACUUCAUUUUUUAAGGAUCACGUCUAAUGCCCAUUUUCCCAGCUAUUCUUUCCAAAGUAAGAUAUAAGAUAGCUUAAUAAACUAAGUAAAACGUAUGACUUGAGUACAAAAGGAUUGUUUUAAUCCCCAUUAUUCUGGAAAGUGUGUCCUAGUCUCCCAGUCUAUAACAUCAUAAUACCUUGAGUAUAAUUCCAAAUAUUAGGUUAUAUCUAUAUUAAAAACAAAAUUUCUGGCAUCUGUCCUGGCCAUUCAGGCAACUCCAGCCUGGGCUCAAUCCUGGAGUUCUGUCUGGUCACUAUCAGAAGGAACACUUUGAGGGAAACCCUGGUGCAGCCAGCCCUGAGGAAACAUGGCCUGAGUGCCCUCACUGGUGGGUGGGAAUAAAAUGGAAGUGCACAGAGGAGAUGUCAGAAGACAAAAACCUGGUUAAUAGUCCCAGUGCUAGGUCAUAUAGGAAGCAGAAAGCAUGAUAGUGGCCUUUUGGGAACCCAAGUUACGUCCUGGUGAAAGCAGAAAGGAGGAGACAGGAUGGCUGUCAACAAUGUCAGCAUGGGCAUGGCUCCCAGGCAUGGAGGUAAUUGGGUCUUGGCUUCAAUGCCACCCUUUUGGGAAGCCCUAAACCAAGUGAGGUGUUCUUUUCCCUUGCUUCCCAUAUUUGUCCCAGUUGCAGCCCUGUUGUUAUGUAUUUACUCUUCAAUUUCUUAUCUAUACCUCUCACUCAAUUGUUAAUUAUUUGGGUUCAGUCUCAUGCCAUAUUUACUCCUAGUACCUAAUGCAGUGCCUGGCACACAGCAAGUGCCCUUGAGAACUUGUAGAGGGAGUAAAAAAGUGCAUGGAUAAAUGACUGCAGCAAAUCACAAAUUUUGAACUUUGACCCUUUUCUUUUAGUCCCAAAUAGUGGCAUUCCAUAGCUGAGGGUAGUAGGAGCAGUUCACCCUGGGAGCAGACAAUAAGAGGAAGAAUGAAGCCAACUAAAAUUCUGAAUGCUUUUUGUUGGAUUUCGUAGGUAUUUUUUUUUUAAAUAGGGUCUUGCUAUGUUGCCCAGGCUGGUCUCAACUGACUGCUUUUUAUUAUUACCAUGCACUGGCAAUUCCAAACAAUGUCAGUGUUAAAAUGCUUCUCCCUGAAAAAGAGAAAAGAAAAGGAAAAAAAGAAAAGUGAAAAGAAAAGAAAAACUCUUAUUGGCCUAAGUUCUAAAUAAUAGCUAGGUUACCACUGAGUUUUAACUAUAUGCAUAUGAGCUUCAAAUAAGCACCUUUUUAUUAUGUAAAUAAAUAAAAGUUAUCUGUAUCCCCACUGCAUUGUAAAAUUUUUGUUGUUUGGUUUCAUGUCUUAUUCACCUUUGUAUGGAAAUUAAUUCAGAAACCCCAAGCAUAGAGUCUACCUCUUUAAUUCCAGCAGGCAGAUGUAGUUCUGCCUGCUUCCUUCCAAGGUUAAGUUCAUAACAGUUCAGAAUCUUGCAAGCUCACUUCAGGUAUAACCUGUGUCUCCAACCCUGCAGUAUUUGGAUAUUGCUGUUUAAACAGUAGAUUUGGCAUAGAUGAUGGUGGCACAAUGGUUGUAAAGGAAAAGAAGCAGAAUACCUGAGUUUGUUCAAUUCUCUCAUUGGGGUUUUCAGUUGUAUCCAGAAUUUAAAACAGUAAAAUUUAAGAGUGUGAACAGCAACAUUCACACUUUGUUUAGUAAGUACAAAGUUGUGCUCAUACAGUAAGUUUACUGACUUUGAAUAAUAACUUUAAAAACAAAAUUUACUCUUUUCUAAGUGUUAAUUAUUUGUUUUAAAAUUUAAGAAUGAAUCAAGAAAAUAAAACAUUACACCAGUGGUAUGAUUUAGUAAUUGUCUGACUUAUACUUUUUGUAGACAUUUUAGUUUUAUUUAAAUUGGCAUUCUGAUUUUUUUACUGGUCUUGAGUCUAUACACAAAGUUGAAUAAAAGAAAAGUUUCACUGAC